AUGAUGUCAUAUAUCGAACAACGUGAAUGGUGUUCGUCCUCGAUUUCAUCUAUAAUGUACCCCUCAGUUGUUAACAAAUCAACAGAACCUUGUCCUAUAUCAUCGUCGUCUCUUAUUACAACGUCAUUAAUCUCAAAUAAUCAUAGUACACCUAUCAGUAAUAACUCUACAUUAUCAUCAUUACAAUCAUAUGGAAAAAGAGAAAAUACAUUAACACAUAGUAUAGGUUCAUCAUUAAAUAAUUCCAAUGAUUAUUAUACACAAAAACGUAUUGAAGAAUUACAUGAACGUAUGGAUGAUAUACAAAUAUCAAGUUUUUUAAAAUUUAUUAAUUAUCAUUUAUCAUUAGAAAAAGAUGAAAAGAAAAAUUUUAUAAAUGAUUUAUCAAAAGAUUUAUGUAAUGGUCAUAUUUUAAUUGAUUUAAUUGAAAUAUUAUCAUCAACUAAAUUAAAACGUGAACAUGGUCGUACACGUUUUCAUUCAUUAACAAAUGUUCAAUAUGUUUUAGAUUAUUUAAAAUUACGUAUGCAACAUAUUGAUAUAACUCCAGAUGAUAUUGUAUCAGGAAAUCGUAAACAAAUCUUAGCAUUAUUAUGGAUUAUAAUAAGAACAUUUGACCUUCCAGCAUUUCGUAUAACAAAUAAAAAUUGUUUUGUAGAAAAAACACUUUUAGGUUUUGGACAAGAUCGUAGUACAAUUAUAAAUUGGUUAAAUAAUAUUUUAAAUCAAAGUUUAAAUACACAUGAAAUUUAUAUUAAAGAUUUUUAUAUUCAUACAUGGAAUAAUGGGUAUUAUUUAUCAAUAAUUAUUAAAUAUUUAAUACCAUUAAGUAUAAAUUAUUUAACCAACCAAUGUUUUGAUUAUUUAAAAGAAUUAGAAAAAUUAAAUUCUUAUGAUAGACAACGUUUUUUAAUAUGUUUAGAUAUUUCAAAGUAUUGUUUUAAUACAAUAACAAUUAUUGAUUUCACAGAUAAAAGUGAAAAUUGUUUAUUUAAAUAUUUUACUGAAUUAAAACGAAAUAUUUUAACUAUUCUCAAAACAAAUCAUAUCGAAAAAUUGAUUCAAAAUAAUUCUUAUGCUAAACAAGUACUUGAUACAGUCAUCCAAACAGGAACAGAACAUUCUGCGCAUAUAAUUAGUAAUAAUGAAGAAUAUUUAAGUUGUAUUGAAGAUGAUCAUCAACAAGUUUCAACAAAACAACAUAUACAAUUGCCUAUAGAUUCUAUAGGUCAUUUAACAUCAUCAUCAUCAAAUAAUACUGUUGAAUUAUCAGAUUUGCGAACAUUAGAAAGAUCAAGAUUGUUUUAUGAUGAACAACAAGAAGCAAAAUUAAAACGAAAAUAUUCUUCGGAGAAAAUUGAGGAUUUACAAAGGUAUUGUUAA